AAAAAAAAAAAGGGUGGUUAUUUUUUCUUUCAAAUACAUGGACAAUAAAUAAAUCAACAAACCUUCAUUUUAAACCAAAAACCACCACUCUCCCAUUGUCAUACUCUAGGAAACAAACUUUAACUUCUACAACCGCAAUAAACCUCUUUCCUUAUACCACCACCACAAAUGGAGCAAACUGAACAACCUGAAUUAGGAAUCAAAAUCUACACUGCAUCUCCAUCCAAAGGCCCUCCUCAAUUCCCCCCUCCACCAUCAACCCCUCCGGCACCCUCGGACCCACCAACGCUCCCUGAAUCCACGGGUGUGCCAAAGAAAAGGCGUGCCGUGGUUGCGAAAUCUGUCCAAAGAACCCUUUCUAAGACAUCUAUGCUAGCCCAUUUCCUUCCUACUGGAACCCUACUCACUUUUGAGAUGGUCCUUCCUUCUAUUUAUGGUGUUGGUGAAUGCUCUUCAGUUUCCACUAUUAUGACUACUAUUCUACUUAUACUAUGUGCCCUCUCUUGCUUCUUCUUCCAUUUUACUGAUAGUUUCCGGGCCCCGGAUGGGAAGGUUUACUACGGUUUCGUGACUCGUAACGGGUUAGCAGUGUUCAAGCCAGGGUUGGAUGUUGAGGUGCCUAAGGAGGACAAGUAUAACGUCCAUUUUUCUGAUUUUGUGCACGCUAUGAUGUCGGUUAUGGUGUUUAUGGCGAUUGCGUUUUCGGACCAUCGGGUUACCAACUGUCUUCUCCCGGGUCAUGCUAAAGAGAUGGAGGAAGCCAUGGAGAGUUUUCCUUUGAUGGUUGGUGUUGUUUGUAGUUGCCUUUUUCUUGUCUUUCCUAAGGCUCGUUUUGGUGUUGGGUGCAUGGCUACUUAGAAAGAAAUUUAUGCAAUUGUUGGUACGUAGUAUGUCAUAGUUUAUUUGUCUGCCUUUAUUAAUAUGAGAAUUAUGUUGUUAUUUGGUUUAUGUAGUUUAUGUUGUACUUUUAAGUACUGUUGUAAUUGUUCUCAAAAAAAGUACUGUUGUACUUGUAGUAAUUAUGACAAUGGAUUAAGAUAAUGAUUUUAAUAGUUUCUCCUUGUGUUUGUUUGCUUUAAACAUUGUUGUUGAUUUGUAUUUUGUACUU